AUGGAGAUGCAAAAAGUGCCUGAAACCAAGCAACAACAGAAGAAGCUCAAAUCUAAAGAGUUUUUCAACAAUCUUCAUGCAUAUCUUGGACUUCAGGUCGAUGUUGUUGAACCUCCACUGGUUAAAGUCACUUCACAACCUCAACCCAUCGUUGAAGAUGAAUUAGCCAUGGUCAGCACUUCCAUUACUCCUCGUGAGAUAACUCCAUUGACCACCUUUGCUCCAACGAGUGUGUCUAAGGAGAGAAUUCAAGAUUUGCUACCUCUGUCCAUCCAGCCACUUCCGCCGCCACCAACCUCUAUUCCUGCACUUGUAACCACUGUGAAUCUUGUGCCUGUGCCUCCACCUCCAUCUUCACCACCAAAGUCACCACCAACUAUCCCUCAACCUUUGUCCACUAAAGGUUGGCCAUGA